UAAAAAAGAGGCUAUUGAAGCGAAGUUCCUCACAGCGCUAAGCUAGUUCCUAUGGAUUGCAAUGACGCAUUUGAGGGUAGGCAACACUCAGCAGACACGUUGACUAUUCAAACCAUUAAUGAGCAGCAACUUGCAAUACAGAACUUGUAUGAGAUUAUAUCUACUUUAAAGGCACGAGUACAUGAAUUGGAGGGUAGAACUGACACAAAGCCUACAACGAAAAACGAGAUCACCACCAACCCUUCUGUGGAAUUGGUAGUCUCGCAAAACAUGCGUCGGAGGUUGUUCGAAGACAAUGUACAGUUACGGCAGCAGGUAAAAAAGCUCACAAAGGCAAAUGCUGAUUUAGCCAGUGAGCUGAGUAGCACUAUAGAUGCGUUUAACGGUAUGAAGAAUGAACUUUUGCGAGAACGGCAGGUAGUUCGGGAAUUUUAUGAAAAGGAGCGACAGUGGCAGCAGGAAAAGUCUUUAAUCCAGCUUACAGAGUGCUACUGCGCUGAAACUGAAAGGAAUACUUCUGCUCUUUGUCGGGCUUUUCAGAAGGCUGCUACGGAAAACAUGGAUUGGCGUUCUCUUUGCUAUGCUAUUGCCACCCGUGUGGCACCGGCAUCAUUACGGAAAUAUGUAAUGGAUCAGAUUCAAGGCUUGGAAGAAAAAUACACCGAUGAUGAGGGGGUCUUAAAUAGCGUCCCUACGGUAACGUUUAGUAAGCUGAAAAAUGAUUCUUGUGGUUCAAAAAAAUGUGCACAAAGCAAGUCACGGUUUCUCGUUCCACUUUAACGAUUAUUGAUCAUCAGGUCAACAUGUAAAACACGUUUGGUUUUGUUAUUUUCUGUACAUUAUCUUCUUUUCGAUACGAAAUUAUAUUUAAGAUAAUGCUUGAUUUCUGUGCUUUUGUAUGUCGCCGAUU